UUGCGUGAACGUGGUGUCCUACCUGGCAUCAAGGUUGAUCUUGGUGUCGUUCCUCUUGGCGGUACCGCCGAUGAGUGCACUACCCAAGGUUUAGACAAUCUAGCUCAGCGUUGCGCUCAGUAUUACAAGGAUGGCUGUCGCUUUGCCAAGUGGCGCUGCGUCCUCAAGAUCUCCUCGCAUAAUCCAUCCUACCUCGCCAUGCUUGAGAAUGCCAAUGUUCUUGCUCGUUACGCUUCCAUCUGUCAGCAAAACGGUCUCGUGCCGAUUGUGGAGCCGGAGGUUCUUCCUGAUGGUGACCAUGAUCUGGAGACUGCUCAGCGUGUGACUGAGCAGGUGCUCUCCUUCGUCUAUAAAGCUCUUGCUGAUCAUCAUGUUUACCUUGAGGGUACUCUCUUGAAGCCCAACAUGGUAACCUGCGGCCAAAGCUGCACCAAGAAAUACUCUGUGGAAGAAAACGCUCGUGCCACUGUUGAAGCUCUCCAACGCACCGUGCCCGUUUCUGUCCCUGGUGUUGUCUUCCUAUCGGGCGGUCAGUCUGAGUUGGACGCUACAAGAAACCUAAAUGCCAUCAAUAAGUAUCCAGGCAAAAAACCAUGGGCUCUUACGUUCAGCUUUGGUCGUGCUCUGCAAGCUUCAGCCAUCGCUGCUUGGCAAGGAAAGCCCGAAAACGUAAAAGCUGGCCAGACUGAAUUCCUGCAGUUAGCUAAAGCCAAUGGCGCUGCCAGUUUGGGCAAGUUUGAGGGCGAUUUGAAGACCGCCGCUGGUCAGAAGUCGCUAUUUGUGGCCAAUCACGCCUACUAG